AUGACUGAUCCCUUCGUCGCCAACUCCCACAUCCUUCAUCGUACCUUCGCGGCACGACCCUGGAAGGUAACCAAAGGAAACGGUAUCCGCUUUACACUUGAAGAUGGAAAUCAAAUAAUCGACGCCAGCUGCGGUCCCUCCGUUUCCUGUCUUGGGCACAGCCAGCCCGAAAUCUUCGAAGCAAUCACAAAUCAUCUCCGAAAUGAUAUUGCAUACGUGUAUUCAGGAAGUCCAUACACAAACCAAGCAACAGAAGAUCUAGCUGCGCUCCUUCUCUCGUCCAAGCCAGGCGGGCUUUCCAAAGCCAUCUUCGUGAACUCCGGCAGCGAAGCCACAGAUGCAGCCUUGAAGCUGGCCGUGCAAUAUUGGCACGAGAAAGGCCAGCCACAGCGAACUCAUUUCAUCGCGCGCAAGCAGAGUUACCAUGGAAAUACCAUCGGUGCACUCUGUGUAUCUGGACACGAGUCGCGAUGCGCAUUUUACAAGGAUUUCAUGUCGAAGAAUGUGUCGUUCGUCGAUCCUUGUUAUGCGUAUCGGAUGAAGACAGAUGGCGAGGAUGAUGAACCAUUUGUGAAGAGACUGGCGAGUCAGUUUGAAGAAGAGAUUUUGAGAAUCGGCCCUGAUAACGUUGCUGGUUUUGUUGCGGAGACUGUGUCGGGAACUACGCUAGGCUGUGUGCCUGCUGUUCCAGGAUAUUGGAAGGCUAUCCGAGAGAUCUGUGAUCGAUACGGAGUUUUGUUGAUUUUGGACGAGAUCAUUUGUGGUAUGGGUAAAACUGGUACCAUGCAUGCUUGGGAGCAGGAAGGUAUACGGGGCCCAGAUAUUCAGACUAUUGGAAAGGCGCUCGGAGCGGGCUUUGUACCGCUGUCUGGUGUUUUACUACACGAGAAGAUAUUCACAGCUCUGUCUGCUGGCUCUGGUGGACUGGCCCACGGACACACAUUCCAGGCUCAUCCGCUCGCUUGUGCAGCGGCGAUUGCAGCCCAAAACAUCAUACAACGGGAUAAUCUGUUAACGAGAGUUGUCGACCUUGGCAAGAAGCUGGAAGACUUGCUGCGAAGAGAGAUUGGCCCUCUUCCCUUGGUGGGAGAUAUUCGCGGUCGUGGAUUAUUCUGGGCUGUGGAGUUCGUUCUCGACACAACCGAGAAGAAACCCUUCUCCAUUCAGAACAAUUUCUCAAACAAGGUUGUCGCCAGUGCUCUCAAGCGUGGUGUGAACAUUUUGGGCAACCUGGGUCAUACUGGAACGUAUCAGAUUGACCACGUCCUUGUCUGCCCACCUUAUAUCUCGACAGAAGAAGACAUUGAGCAGAUUGUGGGUCUUGUGAAGGAGGCCAUUGUGGAGACAAGUCGGCCUUUCAUCUAG